AUGGACUGUAGCUGCGUCUCCGACCUUCUCUUCGCCCCGCCCGCCCUGCCGGCUCUCUGGACCCCUGGGUUUGCCUUCCCGGAUUGGGCCUACAAGCCGGAGUCGUCCCCUGGCUCGAGGCAGAUCCAGCUGUGGCACUUUAUCCUGGAGCUGCUGCAGAAGGAGGAGUACCAGGGUGUCAUCGCCUGGCAGGGGGACUACGGGGAAUUCGUCAUCAAGGACCCCGACGAGGUGGCUCGGCUCUGGGGCGUCCGCAAGUGCAAGCCUCACAUGAAUUAUGACAAGCUGAGCCGGGCCCUGCGCUACUACUACAACAAGCGGAUUCUCCACAAGACCAAAGGGAAGAGGUUCACCUACAAGUUCAACUUCAGCAAGGUGGUGCUUGUCAAUUACCCACUGUUGGACGUGGCGGCAGCCACCACGGGCUCCCCACUUUUGCUGACCCCUGGUCCCUUUGGGGGAGCCCCUGGACCAGAUGCUCCUCCCCUCACCCCCGAGACCCUGCAGACCCUGUUCUCUGCCCCACGCCUGGGAGAGCCAGGGGCCCGGGCGCCCCUGUUCACCCCUGAGACAGAAAAACUGCGUCUGGACGGCCCUUUCCCAUUCUUGGGCUCGGGUGCCACCGGCUACUCCAAGCCCCCAGGCCUGCUGGGUCCCUUCGGCCGCGCCUUCCCAGAGCACCCCUGGAACUUCAGCCCAUACCUCACGGGCCCCUUCCCCAAGCUGCCCCCGCCCCUCUACCCCCCCCACUUCUACCCCAACCCUCUGGCCACGUCCCUGGGCCACCUGCCCUCAGCAGGGGCAGGAGGAGGCCCCACUGCCGCGGCCCUGCUGGCCUCCACCGCAGAGGGCCUGGGCCCCGAGCGGCCCUCGGGCCUGGCAGCCGCCCCUCGUCUGGCACUGCCGGGGGCCGGGGGCCCGGAGGCCGCGCCGCGGGGGAAGGAGGACAGCGGCUCGGAGCUGGAGGUUACCGACGUCAGUGGCUGCAGCUCUGACAGUGAGGGCGAGGAGGGCCUCCCCGUGCCCCCCAAGGCCAAGGCGGGCAAAGGAGGGGUCGCCAGCUGA